AAGCUGAGAGACGAGGGAGAAAGGAGGAUCGAAGGAAAAUAGAGUUCAAGUAAUGGCGGAUUACCAUUUCGUUUACAAAGAUGUAGAAGGAGCUUCCACUCAAUGGGACGAUAUUCAAAGAAAGCUUGGCAAUUUACCCCCAAAACCACCUGCUUUCAAGCCGCCUCCUUUUGAACCCGCAGCGGACCCGGAUUCUGCCCCCAAGGACAAGUCUUGGAUCGAUCAAAAAACUGAAGAAGAACUUGAAGAUCUCGAAGAUGAUCUUGAUGAUGAUCGAUUCCUUGAAGAAUACAGAAAGAGGAGGCUAGCUGAGAUGAGGGAAGCAGCUAAGGUUUCAAAGUAUGGAUCAGUGAUGCAGAUUUCGGGAUCCGGUUUCGUACAAGAGGUUUCACAAGCUCCUCAGGAUGUCUGGGUGGUUGUCCUCCUCUACAAAGAAGGAUUUCCAGACUGCACGGUGCUUCUGCGGUGCUUGGAAGAAUUGGCUGUUAAAUACCCAGCCACAAAGUUUGUGAAGAUAAUAUCUACCGAGUGCAUUCCUAACUACCCAGAUUGUAAUCUUCCGACUCUCUUGGUGUACAACAGUGGAGCAGUCAAAGCAAAUUAUGUCGGCUUGUAUAGUUUUGGCCGGCGAUGCACGCCCGAAGGUGUGGCCUUAGUUCUCUGUCAAUCAGAUCCUGUACUAAAUGACGGUCAAAGUGUCGGUGAGCGGUCUCAGAAAGCUGUUCUUGAAGGAGUUCGAAGGCGGUUUAUCGAAAAAAUUGUUACCGAGCAUGAGGAUCAGGACGAUGGAGGAUCAUCAAGUGAUUAGAUGUUCAGUACACCCAAAUUUUUCAUUUGCAUGGAGUAUGAUAUACUUGAAGCGUCUCAACCAUCAACACUUUCAUGUUGAGCCACUGUCGGUUGGGAAAGAUCAACAUUGACAGACUAUUGUAAUUUCUGGUUUCUAGCAGCUGUGCUGAUUUUUUAUGUUUUGCUGUACUCUCUGCUUUCAUAUCCAGUAAUGGAACUUACUGUGUUAUUAGUUUUGUUCUUUGGAGGUCGAACCUUUGCGAGCAGUAAACUCGGAUGAAAUUCUCAA